GUUUAAAAAAAUUUUCGCUUCACCUGGAUAUAAGGGAAUAAGUAAAAGGUCUUCAGUUUGCGUGACUCGAUGAACGAUCCGGAAGCAAAAAAGCGAUUCUCGUGGAAGACGAUGAAGGAUCCAUGGUUCCCGCCAGACGAGACGUAGCGGUGGUAUGUUUGAGUGCUUGGAGUACACUUCAUCUAUGACAGGAUCGAUGAAUUCGGGGCCCCUGCAGCCCCAGAAGGAUUCUUCGCCACUUCCGGCACGAUCCUCUCCCUACGAUCUCUAUUCGACCCCAGAAAGCCCGUUACGGCGAAGUCACCGUCAACGACUCUCUCGAAAGAUGACAUUGACCUCGUCUAAUGGCCAACCUAUACAGCUUACUCCACUCUGGGAACACGUGGUACGUACUCGAAAAUUUCCAAGCGAGAUAGACACUCGUUUAACGUUUUUGGAGAUAUCCGAGAGACUGCGUGAUCCAGAAUGGGAGGUCCGUCAGCACGCUCUUCGUGUGCUUAUAGACGUGUUACCGACUUUGAAUGCUGACAUCGUGGACAAGGUCAUGCAACCAGUGGUACCAGAGCUGGUCAAUAAUUUGGGCCACCCUGCGCCUGCCGUACGCAAGGGUGCUCUGGAUGCCUUCCGAGCUUUUCUUAUUCAUAGUUAUGAUAGGGAAAACACUAUUAAAAAUAUUCUUCAGGAUGGCCUAAAUCGUUCAGAAGUACGCGACUCCUUCCAGACCAACGUGACUACUGGCGUGAUCUUAAGCGUUCCAUCUCUCCUCUUCCCAUCAUCCAGCAGUCCAUUGCCUAAUCCCCAACUUGUCAAGGAUGCGACGAUAGCCUUAGCCUCCCGGUUAGCUCAAGUACCACAUCAAGAAGCUGUGUUGAAGUCGUUAAUGAAGAUCCGGGACGCAAUAGGCGUGGAAGAAUUCGAGGGAUACCUGGAAGACUACGACAAUAAGUUGAAGAGGAACAUUGAAAUUCUGUCUAAAAUUUACAAUGUAAAGUCUAGCAAGAAGACACCCCAGAAGGUUAUAGAUACUAAAAACGUGGAUAAGUUGGAAAGUAAAGAUUUGGAAGGUAAAUGGGAAAGCGACAGCGACACUUCAGGUAUCGUUGAAGAGGAAGACGAAAUUAGUAAUGCGACCAUGCCGGCGGCCAGAGUUGUAUUAGAAACGGAAAUUAAGUUCAACGAGGAAACAGCCAUCACUAUGACAAUUCUCGAAGAAAAGGAGGAUAGCGAGGAAGAACGGGAUGAAGAAGAAGAAGAAGCAGAUGUAAAGAACGAGGUUGAAGGGAAAGAAGAUCUUGAUAAGAGGAAGACGCCUAGAAGGGUCCAUUUUGGAGGAGAAAUAGUUAAAUUGAGGACUCCGGACAGUGAUGACACCGAGUCUGUGGAAGUUACUCCUAAAACUAGAAUACCACUUCCUGUGUCACCUGUUACUAAGAUGCCUAACACUCGACCAAGACCAUCUUCUCAGCCCUGUAGUCCUCACAGAGAUUCUGGUAAGCCUAGAAUAAUGUCUAGGUCUGUUUCCAGUAGCCCUAAAAGAGAAGUGUAUACGCACAAUGCAGAACUGAGUCCUAAAAAGAGUAUUCUUACUAGAACUAGUAGUCCAUUGUUCACUAGUAAGACUGCUGAGCUGUCGAAGAAGAGGAAGAAUAUGAGUAGACAGGAGGAAAAAGAUACCAAACAUAAUACCGAGUCCAGUGCAACUGAUAAGAGCGUGAAGAUUAUUGAAAUUAUUGAAAAAGUGGAGGAAGAUAGAAAGGAAGAUGUUGGAUUGGUUCAGAGUACUCAGAAUAUUGAUGCUUUAGGUUUAAAUGCGAAAGUUGGUAAUUAUGAAAAUUUAGAAGACAAUAAUUCGUUGAAGAAUAGGAAACAAGAAGAUCUUUUGAUAAUGGAACCAGUAGUAUCUAAAAGUGGUCCAAAACUAGAAUCUGAUAAUUUUGAAAUUCAAAAUAAGAAAACUGUACAAGAAAUUAGGGAUAAAAAGGGGAAUUCAGAAAAUAAAGCGUCAGAGAAUGUCCAAAAGAAAAUCAUAGCAGAAAAAAUUCAAACUUCAGAGGAUGGUCAUGAAAUUGAUUCUCUGUUUGGUUCCGUGGUGAAAAGUAACGAAAUAGAAUACAAUCGUGUGAGGAUAAAUCAAGCUGGAGUUAAGGUAAAUGGGAACGAAACAGUGCAGAAAGAUUCUAUAAAGUUAAAAGGUGGUGUAAUAAGUAGUUCGAGCAACAAUAAUGGUGACCAUGAUUCCUUAAAAAAUAUCGACUGUGAACGAACGUCGAGGAGUGACCACGAUAAAGGAGGUGCUAGUGUAAUUGAAAAAAAUGGAAAUAUUACUUAUGGAAACAAUGAGAUGGAAUCUAUAUCUGGGGAACCAAGCUGGGAGGAACUAGGAUUGGUUGGCCAGGAAGUGUUGGAAGACCUGCAUAACAAAGAUGAUUGGCGAGCUCGUGUCAGAGGUUUAGAGAGAGUAGCGUCUGCUUUACGAACGUCUUCUGCUCUGAUCGCGAUAGAACCGCGAUUAGGAUCUCUUUUGCAUGCAGCGUUGGGCUGUGAAAGGAGCUGUCGUGUAGCUGCUGCGGGCUUGGCCGUGGCAAAGGUAGUAGUAGCUGGAGUAAGCGAGGAGGCUUUGAAGAAACGUUUACCACAGUUGGCAUGGGGUUUAGCGAGACAUGGUGGCCCUAGUGCGGCUCAAUUAGCCAGGAUUACGAUGCUGAGACUUAGACCCGCUCUUCUUCUAGAACAACUUCUGCAACCGCAAUGUUUAGGUGCGAGAAACGCAAAGACCAGGGAAAAUACUUUACAGUUGUUAAUUUUCUCGCUGGUAACGUUUCCAAGUACAGAAUUCAAAGUGGAAACUGUGGCUAACAAAGUGGUUAAAAUGUUGAGAGAUAAACGACGCAGGGUACGACAAGCAGCGCUUGAUACUUUGGCUGUAUUAGCUCAGAUCUAUGAAUCUCAGGAAGUAUUAGCAGCAGGAAAACGCGCGUCAGAAGAUCAUCUUGAUGGAGAAGCGAUGAUGUCUGCCAUCAGAGCUCGUCUCUCACGAAAGUCUUUGCCUUUGGUCUCCGCAGAUGGUCUUGUGAUGUACGGUUUGCAAAUCUCACCUACUGUGCAAAUAGCUAGAGGUCCUGAUGUCGAUUGGAUCGUGGCCGGAAGUGGUUCAAUUUCUCCCGGCAUCGGACGUAACAAAAGCCAAGUCAUAGCAACGAGAUCAGAAAAGGAAAAAGUUGCAAGAAAUGAAAAUGCAAAUUGUCGAGAAAAUCUAUGGGGCGAAAGACCAAAUUUCGUUGCACUUGGCGUUGGUAUGCGUUCCAAAUCCGAACAACCGAUAGUAUGGCAAAUAGUUCCAACACAAAAUGAGAAUAUACAAUGCGAAGAUGAACUGAAUUUGCAACAUAACCCAAACACAGGUAUUCGUAAUGGUGAAACUUUCAAUUCAGAAUUAAGGUCUCGAAGUCAAACAAAAAUUCUGGGAACUGCUAGGGAAAGUGCAACUUAUCGUAACGUUAUUGACAAUAAUUUUGAGAGGAGGGAAAAUAACAAUAAAACAGAAUCUAGAAUUCCUGUACUCUAUCCUCGCGACUAUAUACCAAAAUCCACUGGGCAUAGUUUCCUAAUGGAUAAAUCUUCUAAUUCAGAGAUAAUAAAUGUUAAUGUAAAGAGAAGAUUAAGGGACACCACAGAGAACUCUGGAGAACGCGGCAGUACCCAACAAGACAACGUUAGAAGUUGUGGAACAAUGUAUCACCAAAGAAGAAGAAAUCAUCAAGAAAAUAGUACGAGUAUGCAUUACGACAACUAUCGGUUGAUGAAGAAUAAUGCAGAAAUAGAUUCAAAUUAUAUGGAAGAAAACACAAAUAAAAAAUUUUCUGACAGUAGUAUCAGGGCUUAUCAAAAGUUUAUGGAAAGAGAUCGAUAUUCCAGGAAAUCUGAUGUCAAAUCUAAAUAUACUCGUUCAAGUUCUAUAGAAAGCCAUCAAACAGCAUUGCCAAGAAAUAUUAAUCAACAGACAUUUGUUAUGCAUAAUAUAUACAAUGCGCCGCCACAUCGAGAAGGACGUUUUGUGGAUGAAAAUUCUUUUCAACCUUUGCAAACAUCUUCCUCGUCAGCGUAUACAUAUAAUAAAAUUGAUUUUAAUCGAACUGAAAAUAACGAUAAAAGUAUGUCACGGGUAAGAUCUCAUCGUAAAACGAAAGAUGUAGCUGCUCAAAAAAUCAAUGAUGUUGAAUUAAUAUCAUCAGACGCUCAGACUAGUGAAUAUCUUCCUGCAAUAUAUACUGAAACCCCGUAUAGAAGAAGAUUACGUUCUCUGUCUCCAUCCCAAUUAUACCAUCGUCAACAAUUUGUAAUAACAGCUUCUAAUGAAGUUCAUGCAUUGUCCAUGUAUGAUAUAGACAAAGCAGUGAACGAAGAAGAGUAUAAUGAAAAAAAUAAACAUCAUUUUCUACCAGACGAUAAUUUCGGAGAGAAAACAGAUGCGAUUGAAGCACAAUAUGAAGUGGAGGACCAAGAAUUUUCAUCGUCAGACGCGUUAGAAAAUAACUAUCAAGAAGAUAUUGAACGAGAUGUGCAAGAUACACAAGAUGAAAGCGAUUCCGAGUCAUCUACUUCCGAAAGACAAAAUGUGGACGCAGCAUUUGAUAUUAUCACUGGUCAAUCGAGUCCUCCUCAUCAAGAUACGGUCGACUUUAUUAUUUCAUUGGAUCCAAAAGGUGAAACUAGAAUGGAAGUAACAUCGAUUGAUGACGAUGGAUCCAAAAACUCGAGCAGUGAAGAAGAACUAAAGUCUCGACAACAAAGUCGUGCGGUAUCCAGAAGCUCAGAAUUUGUUGAAUAUCUCGAAGAAAAUCAAAAUGAAAGCGAAUUCAGCACCUCUGACGAAAACGGAAGAACAAAUGAAAUGUCACACGUGCAAGAAAGGUCCGUUGUAUCUGUUUUGGCUACUGAACGAGUGUUGACGGGCGAAAACUUACAAGCAUCCAGUGAUAUUCUGCAUUCGGAUUUUCCAAAUGCAGAAACUCCAUUUUCAAGAGGGUCCACCAGUCCUAAUAAAUCUAAUCAAUCGCCAAGUAGAAGUUCUAUUGACUUAGAGGCAUCGAAAUCGUCUAGAUGUAAUUCUCGAAGUAGCCCACAUAAAUUGAGUUUUGAAUUAGAAGACCAGGAAUCGACUGAUUCAAGCGAAGAAAAAACUGUUUCUCCCAUUGUACAUUAUGAUUCCAUUCAGUCGGAAGAACCAAGUCAAUCUCGCAGAGAAUCGAAAUCGGAAGAGUCGCCAGCUAUCAUUAUUGCUUCUAGACCUCAUUCGUCCACUGAGGUUUCUAAUUAUGGUGAAAAACAUUUAGAAACUACCAUUCAAACAAUAGAAAAUGAUAAUACAUCCAGAUUUGUUAAUGAGCCUAAUGGAGACAUUAAUGUGGAAGAUGGACAAAGUAGAGAUAGUUCUAGUGAAACGAACACAGAGCCAGGAAUUUUAAAAAUUGAGACUCAGACUGUGGAACCACUCACUGCAACCAAGCGAAAGCCUUCCAGAGUUCCUCGUGUCGCAGCAAGAGGUCGAAGCAAAGGAAAUUCAGAAAAACCAGAAAAAACGAAACCGAUAGUACAACAAUGCUUUGCUCAAUUAGAGAAUAAAGACUGGGAAAUUAUUAUGAAAGGGUUGAAAUCAUUGUCCCAGAUUGCAAAGCAGCAACCGGAAUACCUAGAUGGUUACACCUCAGCAACGAUAAGUCGACUAUUAGGUCGUCAAAUAAAAAGUCUUCGAUCACAAGUAGCGCGAACUGCGUGCUUGGCUGCUGGUGACAUUUUUAGUUCACAAAUUCGUGGCAUAGAUCAGGAUUUUGAUGACAUAGCCGGGCCAUUGCUCCACAGAACAGCAGAUACUAAUCGAUUUCUUCGAGCAGACAGUAAUGCAGCCUUAGAUCGAAUGGUAGAACAUCUUCCACCACAUAAAACAAUUACUGUCAUUGUACAACAUGGUGCAAGUCAUCAAAAUGCUAUUGUAAGGGCUGCUACGGCUAGACUAUUAGCUUCUAUUGUCGAUCGGAUAGGAUCGGAACAUAUUCUAAUUUUGCCGAAGGACGUGAAGGAUAAGUUACUUUCUACAGGUGCAAGAUUAUUGAUGGAUGGAAAUUUGGACGCCAGAAAUCAAGCAAAAAGAAUGUUCAGACUUCUUACACACUGUGAAGGAUUUCGAAAAGCUUUAACAGACGCUGUACCAGAAACAACUUUGAGACACAUCGAUAAAACGUUAAAAACUCUUUAGUUAAACAAUUCAUCGUGUAAUUUUACACGUCGCUUCGCCAUCUGGAUUUUGUCUAUCCAACGAAAUUGCUUCUUGCAAAAAGUAAAACUGAAGCUAUUAAAUCAAGUUUCAAUGGCGUGUUCGAUAUGAUCUUCGUGCACGAGGAAAAAUUAUAGAAUCUCACGUAGGUUAUGAAAGAAAUGUUUUCACCUUACAUAUAUUUUUUCCUCCAUAUACGAAUACGUGUUUUUCUU